ACCAUCAUAUAUCUGUUUAUCUCAGUUCAGUCUUCUCACAAAUGCAAUCUCUUUUUCUCUCCGCGAAGAAUUCUCGUGUUUUGUUGUCCUUCUGUGUGGCUUCUAAGCAUUUCAGAUCUGGUAAAGUUCUCUCGUCUUGUAUUUGUUAUUUUUCUAAACAGCUAGGCAGUUCAGAUCUGAGUUCUCUUGUCUUGUGUUUGCUAUCCUUCAGCAGCUAGGCCGUUCAGAUCUGGUAAGUGACCAACUCUUUGGCUCAUUUCUUGUUGGCUUUUGUUUUAAAGCUUUGAAGAAUUUCUUUCGCUCAAACCAUAAGCGUUACAGCCCAACUUAUGCUCCAUCAAUAAGUAGAUGUUAUAGAC